AUGGCCAUGGUCCGACCACGAAUUACUGAAUACAUCAAAAUAGCUUCAAAAAGAUGUAAUGGCAGACACUUCUCCAGCAGCUCCGCUCUACGCUCCAAUGCCUCUGCGACAUUGCCAAUCGCCCGUCUGCUCGAUCACGGGCCGAAAAAUUCGAGUAACGUUGCAGUCAAUGGAUAUGUUCGGUCAGUGAGAAAUCAGAAACGGAGAUCUUUUGUCGCAAUUGGAGACGGAUCGACACUGGAAUCUCUACAGGCACUAUUGAGCCCCGAACAGGCACAAAGUCUGUCCACGGGUACUGCAGUCCGAUUGACCGGUGAAUGGAAAGAGUCUCCAAAUCCUCAAGCCCAAAGCCAUGAGCUUCACGUAUCGAAAGUCGAUGUAUUGGGUGUAUCUGAUGCAGCUAAAUACCCGAUGCAGAAGAAAUACCAAUCCCUGGAGUAUCUCCGAACGAUGCCUCAUCUUCGGACCCGCAUACCUUUCAAUACGACCCUGCUGAGACUGCGAUCGGAUUGCAUAUCAGAAAUAACCAGCUUCCUAUCCCAAGAAGGCUUUACGCAAACACAUACACCAAUAAUCACGUCGUCGGACUGCGAAGGGGCUGGCGAGGUCUUCCAUGUUGCGAGUCCACAUAAGGGGCCCGUUAGCGAAACGGAUGAUGGCACCUUCUUUCGCUCAACAAAAUAUUUGACCGUUUCUAGCCAGCUACAUCUUGAGGCGUUGGCGCAGUCUGUUGGUAAUACAUGGACGUUAUCGCCAACCUUCCGAGCGGAGAAGAGUGACACCAAGCGGCAUCUUAGCGAAUUCUACAUGCUGGAGCUAGAAAUGAGUUUUGUCGAAGAAUUGAGCUCCGUUAUGGAUGUGGUGGAGAAACUCGUGCAGCGGGUUACCAAGCCCUUACUGUCCUCGCGAGUUGGCAAAGAGAUACUUUCUAGCAGAGCACUAGACGGGCACGACGACCCCGAUGCGAUCACUUCGGAAACCAUAAGGCACCGAUGGGAGCGCAUUCUCGCUGAUCGAUGGCCUCGGAUCACAUACACAGAAGCCAUCAAUAUGUUAACAGAGUCUACUGCGGACUUUGAACAUAAGCCCGAGUGGGGAGCAGGUCUGAGCAUUGAGCAUGAGCAGUAUAUUGCAAAUACGCUCGAUUCACCUGUCUUUGUCACUCAUUAUCCAAGCAGCAUCAAACCGUUCUACAUGCUUGCAUCAACGAAGGAUUCAUCACCUGGAGAAACUGUUGACUGUUUUGAUCUGCUCUUACCGAACGCUGGAGAGCUUGUUGGUGGUUCAAUGCGUGAGCAUCGUCUAGAAAGCCUUAUCUCGUCGAUGCAGUCGCAUGGUAUGCUACCUUCUGGCCCCGUGGAAUCCCUGACCGAUGACCAACUGGGUGCCUUGAAAUGGUACAUUGACUUGAGACGAUGGGGCAGCGUGCCUCACGGCGGUUUUGGCCUAGGUUUCGAUCGUCUAUUGGGAUAUUUGGCGGGUGUCCCAAAUAUUAGAGAGAUCAACACUUUUCCACGAUGGGUAGGGCGUUGCGAAUGCUAA